AGGAUCAGAAAGACAAAUGCCCUGUGUGCCUAGCAUGUAUCUACCAGCCCAAAACCUUACCCAAGUGCAAACAUACAUUUUGUAAGCGAUGUCUCCAAGAAGCCUUGAAGAAAUCACCAAUGUGUCCACUGUGUAGAGAUCCAGUACAAACAACCUCUGGCAAACGGUCCAAAGGUACCAUGGUACAUCAUUCAGAGUCACUCCGCUUGGCAGCCCGGUAUGAAGGCAGUGGUGCUAUGAUGUAUAAUGAUUCACUGCCGAUAUCUACAGACGGACAACCCAAAGGUACCAUGCAACAUCGUGUACAGCCUUUCAACUUGCCAGGGUAUAAAAACUGUGGGACUAUAUUGAUACAGUACUCAAUGAACAGUGGCAUUCAAGGCCCGCAACAUCCAAACCCUGGUCAGCGGUAUGAUAGCACUUCUCGUACUGCCUAUCUCCCUGACAACCAUCAAGGUCGUGACGUCAUGAGACUGUUAAAGAAAGCUUUUGAUCGUGGAUUGGUGUUUACGGUAGGACGGUCAAUGACGUCAGGAUAUGAUAAUCAGAUAGUAUGGGGGGAUAUUCCACAUAAAACGUGCAUCAAUGGCGGUCCUUCCAACUAUGGAUAUCCAGAUCCAACGUACUUAACUGAGGUGCAACAAAUGCUUAAAGCGAUGCUGAAUACUUGACACAAGCAGAGUCAUCUUGAGUUGACCGUGAGAGGAUUGGCACUAUAGAUGGAUUUAUCAUAAAUAAUCAUUUUAUUUUCUUAACCUUCGUUUGUCUUGGCCAGCUCCGUCGACGAAAAUAAGACGUUUUCGGCGCUGGCCAAGAAAAUCAAGGCUAAGGGUACAAGAGUGUUAUUUUCUGUUAUUUACAAUCAACACUGUAGGAUGAAGCAAUUAUCAACAAAUAAAGAAUAGAGGUAUUCUCC